AUGAGGGCAGCACUCAGAUUACUCGCCUCCGUGCAGCGGAGCUCACAAUUCCUCGAGCCGGGAGCGCCGACUGGACUGACCGGCCUCUUCACCCACCCCUCUCCCCGAACCACGCUGCUCUAUGUCUACCACAGCACCCUCGAGAAGCUCAAGCAAUUCCCAGAGCACUCCGUCUACCGACAGUCUCUCGAAGCUCUCACCAAACACCGCAUGGAAAUCGUCGAAUCUGUCAGACCAGCUGGGCUGUCCGAAUGGCAAAAGCGCGUGGAGCCCAUCGUCGACCAACACCCUGAAGCAUUCCGCAAGGUUGAGCUUCGAACACCCAGUGGGGAGAGGGAGAUCAAUAUCGUGUGGAAGUCGGGUACAAAGGAUUCUGCGGAGCUGGAGGAAUGGGACGAUCGGAAUCCUGACUACAAGGCAAUGCCAGAGGGCAUCAAAUCAAAGAAGGAGAGAGCAUAUCAGAAGGACUUGGGAAGGGACUUCAUUGCAGAGAGAGCAGCCCUUCCACACAUUGAGAGCGAGCCAUCCUUGACCGCCGAGCAGGUCAAUGAGAUCGAGAGCAAGAUUGGCGCGGGACUGAUGGAGGAGGUUAUUCAGGUUGCUGAGGGUGAGAGUGAGCUGGUGGAUACCAUGUUGCAGAAUAAGGUAUGGGAAGACCUCGAGGAGCAGCCACAAGAGGGCCAAUGGCGAUACCACGAGCGCGAUACGCAUACUGGAAAGACUCAGGCACCUUGA